UCCCGGUGCCGCCAUGCCCGAGGCGCUGUCGCUGCUGUGCCGGAUCCCGGCGCACCCCGAGUCCCGCUGCUGGGCCGUGGCCUGGAGCCCCAACGGGGCCCUGCUGGCGUCGUGCGGCGGGGACCGGGCCGUGCGCGUGUGGGGCCGCGACGGUGAGCGGGGCUGGUCGUGCCGGGCCGUGCUGGGGGACGCGCACUCCCGCACCGUGCGCAGGGUGGCCUGGUCCCCGUGCGGGCAGUACCUGGCCUCUGCCAGCUUCGAUGGCACCACCUGCGUCUGGAAACGGCUCCAGGACGGCUUCGAGGUGGUGGCCACUCUGGAGGGACACGAGAACGAGGUGAAGUCGGUGGCCUGGGCACCCUCGGGGACGCUGCUGGCGACCUGCAACCGUGACAAGAGCGUCUGGGUCUGGGAGGUGGACGAGGAGGAGGAGGAGUUUGAGUGUGUCAGCGUGCUCAGCGCACACACACAGGACGUCAAACACGUGGUGUGGCACCCCAGCCUGCAGGUGCUGGCCAGCGCCAGCUACGACGACACGGUGCGCCUGUACCGCGAGGACGAGGACGACUGGCUGUGCUGCGCCACGCUGCAGGGGCACACCUCCACCGUCUGGGGCCUGGCCUGGGAGCGCUCGGGACAGCGCCUGGUGUCCUGCAGCGACGACCGCACCCUGCGCGUGUGGCAGCGCUGCGAGGGACAGGGACACGUGUCCCCAAUGUCCCCAUUGCAUCGCUCGGAGCCCAGCUGGAAAUGUGUCUGCACCCUGUCCGGGUACCACGGGCGCAGCAUCUACGACGUGGCCUGGUGA